AAAGUGUAUUAAAUUCCAGCAUGUACAGGAGACAGAAGAACGUGGCAGCUGUUCGACAGUUACAUGCAUUUUGAAAUAUUCUGCACAUUACAGCAGAAAACUUCUUAAGGAUGUGUUUCUGAGUGUGAGCUUCCUAUUUUAGCCCUGUUGGCGUCUUGAGCUCUUAAGCAACAUCUUGCAGAAAAGAAAAGUUCAAGAGAGCGACAAUUGCAACAUGCGGAGAAAUUUGCCAAUAGUAUAGAGGAGAAAAGCAGCCUAACGCAUACGAUUGUACAUGCACACAGACGUGUCCAUAUGUGCGCGUCCAGGGCAAUUCACAGUCCAGUUAAUGGGACGACAGCCAUCCCGUGGAGGAGCAGCAGGAAGAGACUGUCGCUGCUGGAGCAGCUGAGGGGCUGUCAGGAGGCCUGGUGCCCCGGGGCCCCCUGGGAUAGAGAGGGGGCCCACGCUGCUAUCUGUGGAACACCUGCUGGGAGUUUCCUGGUUGUGCGAGACUCUGCGACCUCUCAGCCCAGCCUGCUGUGUGUGUCUGCUGGAGGAGAACAUGAAGCAGUUGUUGAUUAUAAUAUCACAAGCACAGGCACAGUCUUCCAGCUGUCUGACUCUCGUCUGUCUUUCUCUGACUUGGCUCAGCUCGUGCUCUUCUACUCUCUUACCAGGGAUGUUUUGGCUGUCUGUCUUUUCAUUCCUCGCUGGAUCUACAGUGUAACUGAGAGGUCCAAAGAUAAUCUUGCUCAACUUGAACCCAAUACUUGGCUCUGCACACCGCCUGGCCAACACACAACAGAUGAAAUGAACCAGAGGGAGCCAAGCAACGUAGUGUGCUCCAUACAGCUGACAUCCACCAACGGGGCGUUGUGUAUCAUCAAUCCUCUCUACCUUCAUGAACAUGGAGAUGACUGGCUGACCCACAGGGCGAGUGCUGUGCAGCGCGCCACACAGCCAUCAAAUUACAGACAAGAGCGACGCCUCAGCAGCACCAGAACAUGGGUAGGGGCAGGAUUAACAAGUAAACGAGCCAUCUCUUUGGACCAGGAACCCUCCAGUAUGGAGAGUUCUGGUCUAACGAGAGCCAAGUCAGCGGAUUUACCACGUUGCCCCACAACCCCGUCAACACCAGCUACUCCAGCAGGGGUGGUUCUCAGGAGACCCAGCAGAGAUUCUGCCUCCAGCCCUCCUUACAGAGCGAGCACUGGCAGCCUUUCUUUAUUUACUCCAUCCAACUCUGAAAGUAAAAGUUGUGGAGCGUUUGAGCCGCAGCACCAUGGCAGCCCAGUGCUUCAGUCUCCUUACAGGGUGUCCUGGAUCGAAGAUGGAGUCUGGCUGCCCCCGCCCAGGCCUUCCUCUUUGCUCCACCCCCCAUCGCUGGAGCUCGACUCGCUGUCCAUCAGCAGCAUAGAGGAAGAGCAGGAGCCCCAAACGCCCAACCCUACCCCGCACCACCCUUCUGCGCACCGGUUGGCUGACAAAGUCAUACAUCGUCUCUCAGCGGUGGGUCAAGCUCUCGGUGGGCUGGUAAGUCCGAGGAAGAGACUAAUCAAUCGUGUGCUGGAGCUGAGCGAGCGGAAAGGCGCAGCGUUUGCGGAGGCUGUGAAAGGAUUUGUGGAGAUGACGUUGAAGACAGGGGCUGAUCCCGAAGGGGUCACAGGGUCAGAGUUCUUACAGCAAGUCAGGUCAUCACUCUCGUCACUCAGGGAGACACUGUUGGACUAUCCAGAAAUCCAGGCAACGUUGGACGGCAUCACUGACAUAAAUGACUCAGAGAUUGACUCCCUUGUAGAGCUUUCCCUCCACAAGGUGGCUCUGAAGCCCGUCUCCGCACACCUCUACUCCUGCAUUCAUGUUUCCCGGACUAAUGACGGCAGUUUUAAGCGUCUGCAAAGCAACCUGCGCGUGCUGGAAAAAAACGGGGUAGAGCAGUUAGGGGGAUCGGCGGGAGUUGGAGUUCCCGACUCUUUGACCCUGGAGCGGAUCCAGCAGCGGUGGACUAGUAUGCAUGAGGCUUACUCCCCAAACAAGAAGGUCCAGAUCCUGCUCAAAGUCUGCAAGACCAUCUAUCACAGCAUGAGUGCUAAUGCUAGCUCAGGUACAGCGUUUGGAGCAGAUGAUUUCCUGCCCUGCCUGACAUGGGUGCUGCUCCGUAGUGACGUGGUCACCUUACACCUGGACACAGACUACAUGAUGGAGCUGCUGGACCCCACACAGCUACAGGGAGAGGGUGGCUACUACCUUACAACUCUAUACGCCUCUCUUUACUACAUCAGCAGCUUCCGGCCACGAUUGGCUGCUCGUCAGCUCAGUGUCGAAGCCCAACAGUCUCUUAAUAAAUGGCAUCGCAGGCGUACCCUGCACUGCAACCAAUCACGGCGCAGCAAGAACCGACGGACCAUUCGCAGGCAGGCAUGUCGGGAGAGGGGCGCGCAGAGCUUUGAGACAGAAACUGAGGAGAAAGAGAAAAGUGGGAAAGAUUGUGAUUCUGUUAAUAAUGACGAGUCACAGCAGCAGAGAGAAAGCUCUGCAGAAGCUCUGCAGCCGCUGAAGGAAGACACAAGCAGAGGACGAGAAGCUGAAGACGAAUCACAGAUACCCUCUCAAGCGUCAGACUGUAGUCAGCAAGCCGUAACAGGAAGCUAGACUCUAUGUGCAGCAGGAGAAGAUGACCACAGAGGAUUGUAAUAGAGAAAAGACGAAGAAUGGCCACACAUUUUUUUGUCUAUAUCCACCACGUUCCACUUCCGGGACUGCUCCGUUCCGGCCGGAAAUUUCAUUGGAUGUCCUUCUUUUCGGCCGGAUGUCCUUUACCUUCUGCUUUCUUUGUUUUGGCAUUUUAAACUUGA